AUGUCCGACCACGACGGCAUGGUCUCCGACCCCGGCUAUGGCACGCCGGUGCCCGAACUCGAUGAUCACCGCCACCAGUCGUCCUCUUCUCAGCGCGCCGAGCGCCCGCGCAGAGGAACCUUCGACUCCCUCUACGGGACAACUCAGCUGGAACCGAACCCCGGGACCCCGGCCAUUCGUGUUCGUGACUUCGAAGAAGCAAUAAUCGACGAGGAUGGCCUCGAGGUGCCGGCGUUUACUCGCCACGGGCGUCGUCCCACCGUCGACACCUGCGACGCAAGAUCUGUCUCUCCGCCAAACUCGGUAAAGGCCUUUGCCCAGGCUCGCCGCAGGGAGCGGGAGAUGUCCUUCUCGGAGCCCAAGGGUGAGCAAGAAGACGCGCUCGGACGGUCCAUGUCCAUCUCCAGCCGCCGCAGCCAUCGUAGCCGGCCCCGCACCAUUGAUGACUCUGGGAGCAUCCUAACCAACAAAGAAGCCGAGGAAGACGUCUGCUUCCCCCUCCAGCCCGGUCACCGCAAUCAUGAGCUUCGGAUUGAUUUCGACUAUCUCGAAGGAUUCAUCAACACGGAGCGUGCUGCCCGCGUCUGCAGCCACGAGACGGCCCCUCCGUACCCCUUUGAAGACAUGCGAACCCGAUCUGCGGAUAGUCGCCCGACACAAUUGGCCACCAUUGACGGUGACAUUGUCGACAUGCCGUCUGACGAGUCCAUGACAAACGAGAAGGAAACGUCCGAAGCGCACGUCAAGCCCGUACAGCCUAAUCAUUUGGACAAGAACCGUUUCAGCUUCUUCUCGUCUGCCUGGGAGUCGACCAUCCACGCUGCUGAAUUCGGCGACCUGGUGCUGCCAGGCGAGGACAUUCGCGGCCUUUUCGAGCUUCCAAAGGACGAAGAACAUGGCGUCUGGUGGCUCAACGUCAACCGGGCUACCAAGGAAGAAGUCCACGGAAUUUGCAAAGCUUUCGGAGUUCAUCCCUUGACCAUUGAGGAUAUCAUCACGCAAGAGGCUCGAGAGAAGAUUGAGCUGUUUCCCGCUUACUACUUUGCCUGUUUCCGAUCGUUCAAUGUCGUCGAAGAACCGGACGGCAUCGAGUAUGAACCUUUCAACAUCUAUGUGCUCGUGUUCCGGGAGGGGACCUUGAGCUUCAGCUUUGCACCCAACUCGCACGCCUCUCAAGUGCGGAAGAGGAUCACGGCGCUCAAGGAAUACGUGUCUCUCAGCAGCGAUUGGAUUUGCUACGCCCUCAUUGAUAAUAUCGUCGAUUGUUUUGCCCCGGUCAUCAGAACCAUCGAGCUAGAGGCGGAUGCCAUUGAGGACGAGGUGUUCAUCAUGCGACAAGACGACUCCAGCUCCUUCCUCCGCUCGAUUGGUCGAGUGCGCAAGAACUGCAUGGCCUUGCUGCGACUUCUUGGCGGCAAAGCCGACGUCCUCCGUGGGUUCACGAAGCGGUGCAACGAGAACUACCAGGUGACACCUCACAUGGACAUUGGAAUGUACCUUGGCGACAUCCAAGACCACGUCGUGACCAUGGCGACCAACCUGGGGCACUUUGAGAAGAUGCUUUCGCGGGCACACAGCAACUAUCUCGCGACUCUGUCCAUUAACAGCAUUUCCCAAGGCACAGACACGAACCGCGUUCUGAGCAAGAUCACGUUCUUGGCAUCCAUUCUGGUGCCCCUGAACUUGAUCAGCGGUGUGUUUGGAAUGAACGUGUCGGUACCGUGGCAGGAUAGCGGUCGACUUGAGCCAUUCUUCGGCAUCAUUGGAACCAUGGCCUUGGUCUGUUGUCUGUUCUUGGGCUUGGCGCGUUGGAAGCGCUACAUCUGA